AUGGCGACGGAUCCUCCGCCCGCGCCUGCGGCCACCGAAAACAAUGGCGAGGUGACGGUGUCCGGGCGGAGCAAUAGCUUCUCCCAGCUGUCUGAAGACUCUCAGACCGCGGCAGACUUCAUCCGCAACCAAGAGCUCCUGGAGGCCGACGCACGCGAGGCCCUCCCCUACAGCAUCGAAAGCUGCACCAAGAUCCUCGGCCCCCUGCGACAGAGCGUCUUCGCCUGCAUGACAUGCAACCCGCCGCCCUCCAAGCCCCAAGACCCCUCCUGGACCCCCGCCGGCGUCUGCUACGCGUGCUCGGUGCAGUGCCACGGCGAGCACACCCUCGUCGAGAUCUUCCAGAAGCGAAACUUCACAUGCGACUGCGGGACGACGCGCAUCCCCGCCACGAGCCCCUGCGCCCUGCGCGUCAACGAGCAGACCAAUACCAAGGGCGGAGUGCACUCCGAAGAGCCCGACGUCAACAACAAGUACAACCAAAACUUUCGCAACAGGUUCUGCGGCUGCGAGUGCGACUAUGACCCCUUCCAGCAGAAGGGGACCAUGUUCCAGUGCCUCGGGCUGGGCACCGUCGAGACCGGCGGCUGUGGCGAGGACUGGUACCACCCCGGGUGCCUCGUCGGCAUGGGCCCCAAGUGGUACGAGAAGAUGGAGGGAUACAAGAACAAGCGAGCGAGCGGCACCGCUUCAGCUGGCAACGGUCUCACUACCAUUGCUGAGGGAGACGAGGAGCGGCAAGUACCAGCGCAGGAUGAUGCGGAUGUCGCCGUCGUCGACGAAGACGAUGAGCCGCCGAUGCCACCGGGUUUCCCGGAAGAAGACGACUUUGAGGGCUUCCUGUGCUACAAGUGCGUCGAGUCCAAUCCCUGGGUCAAGAAGUACGCCGGUACAUCUGGAUUCCUGCCAGCCGUCUUCCUCGACUCGGCGACAACCGCUCCAACGCAAGUAGAGGAGCCCGUCAAAGUGGAGGAGCCCGCGUCCAAGAAGCGCAAGGCCGAGGACGACGUCGACGAGGAGGCCGAGGCAAAGCGCGUCAAGAGCGAGGACGGCGCCACGGUAGAGCCAUCCGCGAACGGUGCUGACGCUGCUGCACCCGCCGCCAGCUCCGUUCAGACACCGUCUCAAGAGGAACCGGCUCCAGCCAGCCCUACCGGGUGCAAGCUGCCCAACCUGCCCGCCGCGCCCGCAACCCGCUUCUCGCUCUUCUUCAAGGAAGAUUUCCGCGACAGGUUCUGCCGCUGCACCGAGUGCUUCCGCACCAUGAACGCGCACCCGCAGCUCCUCGAGGAGGAAGAGGUCUACGAGCCACCCAUGUCGGACGGCGGCGACGGCGCUUCACAGCACGGCGGCGGGUCCACGCACGGCAGCGGCAGCCUGCUCGAGCGCGGGGAGAGCGCCCUGCGCAACGUGGACCGCGUGCGCGCCAUCGAGGGCGUCAUGGCCUACAACCACCUCAAGGAGCAGCUCAAGCCCUUCUUCCAGCAGUUCGCCGAGAGCGGCAAGGCCGUCGGCGCGGAGGACAUCAAGGCCUACUUUGCGAAGCUGCGCGGUGACGAGCAGGGCAUCCAGGAGGCGGGGCGGGCGGCCGCAGAGUCCAAGGACGGGCCGUCGGACGCAGAUGGGGGGGACUCGAGGCGCGAGCAGAGCGGUUACUAG